UAAGGAAGAUAUUUUUGGUGUCCACAAUGCUUCUGCCAGUUGUGAUUCUACCGCUGGUCUCAUUACACCUUUUGAUUCAGACAAAGCCGGUGGGAAGGAACAAAGCUCAUAACCUAGAGCCUCUGACAAAUCAAAAGAUCGUGUACCAGCUAUGGUAAGGCGUUGAAAAAGCAAAAUAGGAUCUAUGUGUAUUUCUUCAUUGUUAACCUUGACUGCAGUUUUUGAUCCCAUGGUCACAGCUUGGCUUUUUCUUUUGAAGGAACACUCAGAUACCCUUUUCCCAAUCAUAGAUGCAACAAUCACGUUGCCUAAUUAUUUUGCGUCAUAUGCAUUGACAGAAGAAGCUGCAACUCCUGUUGCGAUGUUACUUAAUGAUUGUUCAGGAAAAAGGGGAUUUCUUUCAACAAGGUAUUUCAAGAUACACUUAGCAUCUGUUUCAUCUUUGAUGAUUCUUGUUGGUGUUGCAUCUUUAUGCUGCUCACUUGUGGCAUAUGUUAUAUCAGUGAGUUCUUGCAUUGCACUGCUUAUCUCUCCACAUGCAGGUGAGGAAAGAAUCCACACCAGACGCUGAAUUUCAGCCAUGCCCGUCCUCUCGUGAGACCUCCUGUUGACUUGAUGCUUCGCAUAAGGCAU